AAAGUAAAUGUAGACGGGAAGCAAGAACAGCCUUUCAGAACAAAAUGCCAUAGGAUGUGGAAAUCAUCUGCUGUAUUUUUCGUUUUGUCUAGCUUGCUUCUAGAACCAGUUGCAGGAAUAAUUGUAAAUCCUUGCUCUGUGGCAGAUGUUUUCGUUAAUAAAUUAGGUGUAACUAAACAAAAUGCUGCGAAAUGGGUCUGCCUAGCAAAAUUUGCAAGUGGGUUCAAUACCAAUGCUUUGGGUAACACGGAUAAAAAUGGAAACGAUUAUUUUGGAUUAUUCCAGAUAAAUGACAACUACUGCAAAAAAGGCACCAAGAAGAGCUGCGGAGUAAGUUGCACAGAGCUGGUCUCCGACAAUAUACUUCCUAGUGCAACGUGUGCUCUAAACAUAUAUAACAAGGAAGGAGGAUUCAGCAACUGGCCUGCAUGGAAGAACAAUUGUCAAAAUUUAGAUCCAAACAGAUUUAUCAAUAACUGUAAUAUACCAUCUAAAGGAUGAUCUAAUUUUCAAAUGAUUCCAUUAUGUUAUUUCAAUGAAGAAAUGGACUAUAGCUUAUUACCCAAUUCAUAUUAUUACCCUGAAAGAACAAAUGAACAAUACAGAUCAAAAUUUCAGAAACUUUGUUCUUAAAAUGCUCAUCGUAACAUGGGAUGAUUUUAUUAAAAUUCUACUUUAUUCAAGUA